AUGGGCUUCUUGCUCCCAUAUGAAUUGAUAGAUCAUAUAAUAACAUUUAUCGAUGAACCACAGGUGAGCAACAAUUCUGGUGAACAAGAUAAAGUUCGUCUGGCUCCAUAUGCCACUGUGAGCCGUCAGUGGCAAGCAGUCGUUGAAAGUCACACAUUCUCAACAAUCCGCCUUGAAACUCUCAAACGACUACAUGAUCUUGCUCAGGUGGCCCAUAAUGAGCGAAGAAGACAUUAUAUCCAAUUUAUUGAUCUGGUUGUCGAUUUAGCGCCAUACGAUAUUGAAGCGAGAUACGAGUUUGAGACGGAUGAAGACAAGCGGAAUAACAAUGCGAAUUUUACGAAAACAAUUCAGUUGUUGUUUAAGAUUUUGUCGUCAUGGUCACUCAAUGAGUCUCAAGAAAGACCGGGAAUCUUUCUCUCUAUAGAGGCACACUCUCCCAGUGACCUCCGACGCAAUAGCCCAGACAAGAUCGAAAGAGUAUCAGCAGCAAGUCUGAUAAGGCGACCAGAUCUCAUAAAUCGGAGGUUCCAGGAAUCGUACCUGAAGCUCGACAAAGAAAUUCUCAAUGGUCCACAGAUUACUGUCGUUGGUACCCUCGCUGUAUACGGUCACUGCACUGCUGGGCCCUCGUACCGUCCCAUAGAACCUGUUUCAACAGCAAUGAUUGCAUCAAAGAUAUCACGGCUGCAUGAUGUGAUCCUGAGGCUGAGUGACAAUCACGAACAACAUCCCUCUCUCAGGGAACGCAAUCGGCUUGACUUCGCUGCCGGAUUUCAUCACUGGCCUUCCACCAUACGAGCACUCGAUUUGAGCUUCGACUACGGAAUUCCCGAUAAUCAUGUUGCAAUUCUCCCACAAGGAGGUCUAGAAGGAAACUUGGACCCCCUUCAAAUCAACUCACGGGUCUUUUCCUCCCGGCUCACCCGGAUUACUCUUAGCAAAAUCACCAUUGGAAAGGAGCUAUUCUUGUCUCAGGUUGUGGAUGCCGAAACUGAACCUUUGUGGCCGAACCUGAUAUCCUUUGAACUCAACUAUGCAAUUGCCUCACCAUCUGGGGAAUGGCUGUUUCAGCGCCACCCUGGAGACAGAAGACUUCUGGAUAGUGAUAAUGAAGCGGACGAAGGUGGAGCGAGUCGCCCAGCCCAUUUGGAGAUCAUCGAAGCUUGCGAUUAUGACACUCAUUUCCGAUACAAGCCAAUACCGAAAUUCUUCAAUGAAUUCUAUAUUGCCGCUGCUCGGGCGGCGAUGCGAAUGCCAAAAUUGGGCCUUAUGCAUCUUGAGACUGGUGAAUGGCCUGGUAGACACUACUUUAAAUACGAAGUUCGAGACGUAGCCAAGGCCACUUGGGCUGAUAUCUUUUGCUUUCAGCCCAAUGACAAAGUACUGGAUCUUUGGCAACAAGUUGCUUUGCAGCAUACGGGUAAGGCUCUGGAGACUGAGUUUUCAGAGUGCUCAUCUGAGUAG